CCCCUCUCAAUUUGGAGGCACGGGAUGAUAAGAGGGGAAAGGCUUUUUGUUCUGAUACGUGCGUGCAUCUUUCCUGUGUAAAAUAUAUCGAUCCAGUUUUCAUUGGGAAAAAAAGAAAGGGCGUCCUGCCCCAAAUGGGUUUCAACUGGCAUUUGAUUCUAUCGAACCACCAAAAGAUUCAUGAUAUGUCGAAUCCAUUUGAGAGAUAUAAAAAACUACGCCUGCCAGAGUUUCUUCCCAAAAUCUACAGUUACCCAAUUGCCUGCGAAGAGCUUAGCUCAAUUCUCAGGGACGCCUACGACAAGCUCCCCAAAAAUUUGCAGGCUAUUAUCUUCCAAGACAUCCUUACAGCCUUCAGUCUCCUGCCGGAAAUCCAGACCCAACGUGCUGUUUCAUCAGCGCAUCUACUUGUGCAGAGUGUAGAAGUUGCACUGCCAAAGCAAAAGAGGGAUAUGGCUGUCAAAGAAUUUAAGCAUGCAAUUGUUGCUCAUAAGAGGCGCUGUAAAGCUAAACAGGGAGGGAAAGGUUCUACCCAACUGCCACAUGAUAUUUUAAUGCACAUCUUCAGCUUUUUAGAUAUGAAAUCUUUAGUCUCUGUGGGACUAGUCUGCUGGUCAUGGAACUUAGCUGCAAAUGAGAACCAUCUGUGGGAGUUGCAGUAUGUUAUGCUCUAUGGUGGUUUUGUUCAAGAGCAGCCUAUCAGACUGGAUGGAGACAAAAAGUAUCCACUCAUAUUGAAUAUGGAUUGGAAAGAAGCCGUUAAAAGAGCAUAUACUGGAGCUCUAUCGAAGAAAUUAACAUCCAAUAGGGGAUACUGUGCACACUGCAAAACAAUAGUUUGGCUGAAUAAUUCAAAAUGUCUCAAUGCACAUUGUGCUAUUACAUCCAACAUUCAAGAUAUCAUACCUGUAACUGCUUGCCAGGUUGUUGAAUAUCUUCUGGAUGAUUCUUUGUUGAUAACAUCUUCCUCAGAUAGUGACAGUGAUUCAGGAGAACCAGUUUCUAGGUUAUGGGCAUAUCCCAAGCACUUCAAAAGGUAAUCAGAGAAAAACAUGCAGUCAUUCUCUUUCUCAAUUUGUGCAUGUCAUCCUUACGCUAUGUUGGGGCCAUGCUAAUGUACUCUGUAUCUUGUAUACUUUAGUUUUGAAAGGAGCAAGUAAACAAGGAGUAUGACAUUUAAAUCCUAAAAUAUUGAAUUAAUAAUAUUUAGGUUUUUGAUAAAAUUUUCUGAGAAAUGAAUUGAAAAUAUUGAUUCAGACAAUUGUGAAUUGAGGAGCUUUAGUUGUAAAUAAAAUAUUUAAGAUUUAGAUAUAACUUUUAGAUUGUAACUAGGAUUUAUGUUUGCAAUUGUGUGAAUUAGUAUAUUUUUUGAGACGAUAGUAUGAAUUAAUAUUUGCAACUCAUUUUUAAAAAAAUUUCACAGGAAAUCUAAUGGUUAUUAAGUCAAUCUUAUCUAACAUUAUUUUCCUUUAAGUGUUAGUGACUGUUAAGAAAGUUGUGGGUGGUAAAGUACGCUUUAUUAAUAUGUACAUAUAUAUAUAUAUAUAUAUAUAUAUUCAUAUUUAAAGUACAUCAACCUCAAACAUGAUAUCAUAGCUUACAUUCAUUUGUAAUCUGUAUGUUUUUUCCCCCCAUUAUUCACACUUUCAAAUUAUUUCAAAGAUAAAUUGAUUGAUUACAAAGUUAUCGUGGCAUGUUUACCAGCCAAUUUCUUCAAGACAUCUAACUCACAUUCUCAAGUACGACUCCCAUAUUUGAUUCUUUGCCUAAUAAUAUAUUUAAAGAUUGCAUUGUUGAUAUAAAUAUAUAUAUUUAUUAUAUUUUAUUAAAACUAAUCAUACACCCAAGCAAAGCACGGAAUGUUCUAAUAAAUAUAUUGUAAAAAAAUAUAUAUUGAAUGUAAAAAUUGUUUCAUGAAACUAUGCUUAUCUAUAUUUGGAAAAAAAAGGGAAAAUAAAUCCUUCGGUCCUUGUAGUUUCAUUAAAUUUUGAAUCAGGUUCUUAUAAUUUUUUUGGGAGAAUAUCAAUCAAGGAUUGUUGGAGGAAAUUUAUAUCAGUUAAGAAAUUAUUUGUUGUCAAAAUUCAAAUAGAUACUUGUCGAUUUGGGUUAGUUUUUUAUUAACAAAUAUUCAUUUAGGUUUUAACAACUUAUUCUAAAGUAAUCCAUUCGAAUUUUGACAAUAAUUAUUUUUUGACUGAUAUAAAUUUUCUUUGGCAGUCCUUCACCGCUAUUUUCCCUAAUUUUUAUUUUAUUUUUCUUCAGUCCUCAUUAUUUGCUCAGUUAGCAGUGUUAGUCCUUCCAUUUGUAAAUCUUUUUCACGCGGUUAGUUCAAGUUGACAGGGGAUGAUGUAUUGCCAAAUAAGACCUGAGUAAGAAACUGUAUGGACAUACACUGCCACGAAGAUUAAGUAGACAUAUUGAGGUGUAUCCAAGUAGCAAGUCCAGAGAUCGAGGGAGAUUAUUGAAUUGUUCUUCAAACGGGUAAAAGCACUAGAGAUUGAGGUUGAAGAUGGCUUUUUGCGCAAAUAAUAGACGAAGGCAAAAUUGUAGGCCAGAGACGAAAGCUGUCAAAGGUGUUGAAGGGAAAAUCAUGGAUAGCCUUGAAGAUGACUUUUGCGUAACUUCUCACUUCUCAGGUAUAAGGAGCAGAUAUUGUUAUGUAGAUUGUUGAAGGUGGUGUCUAUGGAACAAAAGGCGCCGAAGGGAUUUGCAUGGGAUGCUUUUUAUUUUGAUUUUGAUUUUCAUAUGGAAACUAUCAAAUUAGAGGCUUGUUGUUUAUUUAUUUAUUUUUACAAUUUUCUGUCAUAUUUUGGUGGAUUUUUUUUUUUGGUCCUAUGAUGAUGGUUGUGCACGUUCUCUAAUGGCGAGAGAGGAUCUCAUAUGGGUCAUUUUCAAGAAAUGAACACACCCAGUUUUACGUU